GAAGCGGAAGCGGCGAAGUAGGCGGCGAAGUAGGCGGCGGGCUGCUCAGGAGUGUACAUCAGAGGAAGCCAAAAGCCAGCUGGGAUCGUUCCUGGAUGCAGUUUUAAUCUCGUUUGCAAUUAUUUUGAAGGAAAGAAACCAUCUGGAUCCAGGGAUCCACACAGAAGGAUGUUGAGUCCAGAGAUCCUGAUGAAGAAAUGAUCUUUGGGUAUUCACGGAACAGAAGAGAAUCUUCGUGGCUGCAGCUUGUCAAGAUAAGGGAGGGGAAGAGUUAAGAUGCUCUGGUUUCAAAGAAAGAGCACGCAACUUGCCAAAUACUCCUUUCAACUCCUCUUGAGAAAUCGUUCAGCCUCUAAGACGGUCCUGCCUGUGCUGACCUUAUUUACAAAGGAUCCAUGUCCCCUUUGUGAUGAAGCCAAGGAAGUUCUGGAGCCUUAUAAAAACAGGUUUAUUUUACAGGAGGUGGACAUCACACUUCCAGAAAACUCUGCUUGGUAUGAAAGGUAUAAAUUUGACAUCCCCGUCUUUCAUUUGAAUGGCCAGUUUCUGAUGAUGCAUCGAGUAGACAUCUCAAAACUUGAAAAGCAGCUCCAGAAACUUGAGCAGCAAGGUUUAUGAUCCUCCACCCUCUGUCCAGAUGGCAUCUUCCUGUGGACAUGACCAUGGCCUUUCACACACACUACGGACGUUCUAGACUAGGUGGUGCCCAAUAAAUGGUGACAUUGCUUUUCCGACGGGUGGCAGUAUCGAUGUGGGAACGGUUUACCUCUGGGCAUUUUAUGAAAUGUGAGGAAUAUAUUGGCAGCGAGAGGAUGAUGGAGGGCUGAAGAAGUCUGUUUUAUUUAUUUUUCCUUUUUGUGUUAAUAUGGAAGCAUUUCACACUCACACUGGACAGUGCAGUUUAUAGGAAUGCUCUGCAUCCCUGCUGUUGCCCUAAGGGCUCCACUUUUUAAUGAAAGAAUAAAUGCUCUUCCACUCAGUAGAUAAAGUGAAAUGUGAAUUGUUAAUAACUGUGCACAGUCAAUAAAGGGAUGUUUUAACAAACACAUCUGCAUGAAGCCUAUUUCAGUGGGAUUUAAUAAUACCUGUUUAAAAUUAGAAUUCAUUUUUUGGGGGGUAGAAAAGAAUAAUUAUCCUAGUGAAAAAGGCUUCAUUUGAGAAAAACAAAAGAAGGAUUUAAACCUCCAAAAUGUAUAUAAGAAUCUCAACAUGCUUUACACGUAGUCAGUGACUUGAUUCAUAAUAUUUGAGGGCUGCCUUUGAUAGCUAUUCACUCGUCCUCAAUUGAGUUAAUUCAAAUUGUAAAACAGUAUCAGGUUUUAAUUUCUUGGAGAAAAUUCACUUCUGAACAUAACUGACAGACAUGUCACCUAAAGACAAUAUUCUUCACCAUUUAUAUAAAGUAUUAAAAAUGUA